CCGGCGCUCUCGGCGCUCUCGGCGCUGACCAGAGUCGUUUGGAAGCUGGAAGAGCCUGUGUCCGAGAUGUUCUCCAAGUCGUACGAGCAGGCCACGUUUAACGUGCUGCACUCGCUGCUGCAUGAGCUGCAGGACCGGGUGCCGGCACUCGUAGUGUGGUCGUCGAUGCUUCCAGAAUCAGCCAACUUCCAGCAGAACGUGUGCCUGGAGCUGAAAAAGGUGGCCCAUGUCUUCUUGGCGUUUCGGAGAGAAUGCAAUGACAUCACGCACGUCGGAGAGACGCUGCAGGCCUACUACUCAAACCACGUGAUCAAUGUGCUGUGCCAGAACACGCCGGCGCUGAAGCUGACGAACAGCUGCUGCCGGCGAUGACACCAGGACACACACUCACGCUCGCCGCCGUGAUCGCUGCCGUGAGAGCGGUGAUCACCAGGGCAAAACAGCAGUUUUGUUGAUGCUAAACCAACCCUUAAGCUGAAUGGAUCAUUUCCAACA